AUGAACAAACGCCGGAGACAGAGUAUGAACGGCUUACGGGAGGAGGAGGCUGUCACAGUGAAAGAAGAAGAGAAUGAAGAAGCUUUCAGACUGGAAAAGGAGGAAGAUGAGGCUAUCACAUUGAAAGAAGAAGAGGAGGAUGUUAUAGUGAAAGAAGAGGAAGAACCUUUUGGAGUGAAAGAGGAGGAGGCGACUGAAGAUCUGAUUGACACCAGAGACAUACCAGACUCCCACUCUGACAGUGGGAAGAGUCCUUCAGAGGAUCCAGACCAAGAGACGUCCAAACCAGGAAGACAACACCACUACUGCCACUGUGGAAAGAGUUUUUGGUGGUUAGGGCACUUUAGAGACCAUAAGAGAAUACACAUAGGGGAGAAGCCUUACCAAUGCUCCCAGUGUGAAAAAAGUUUUGGCCACUUAUGGAGCCUGAAAUUGCAUAAGAGAAUACACACAGGAGAGAAGCCUUUCCACUGCUCCCUGUGUGGAAACGGUUUUACCCACUUAAGGGCCCUGAAAAGACAUGAAAGGAUACACACAGGAGAUAAGCCUCAUCACUGCUCCCAGUGUGGAAAGAGUUUUACCCUGUUAGGGAGCCUGAAACGACAUGAGAGAAUACACUCUGGAGAGAAGCCUCACCACUGUUCUCAGUGUGUAAAGAGUUUCAGCUGGUUAACCAGCUUGAAAAUACAUGAGAAAACUCAUACAGGGGAGAAGCCUUUCCACUGCUCCCAGUGUGGAAAGAGAUUUUCCCAGUUAGGGGACCUAAAAGGACAUAAGAGAACGCACACUGGAGAGAAGCCUUACCACUGCUCCCAGUGUGGGAAGAGAUUCACCCGGUCAGGAAACCUGAAAAAUCAUGAGCUAACACACUCUGUAUAUAAGCCUUAUCACUGCUCCCAGUGUGUAAAUAAUUUUUUUUCAUCAAAUGCCCUGAAACAACAUGAGUUAACGCACUCUGAAGAGAAACCUUUCCACUGUUCCAAGUGUGGAAAGCAGUUUUUCUUAUCAGGGCACCUGAAAAGACAUGAGCUAACACACUCUGUGGAGAAGCCUUUCCACUGUUCUUAUUGUGAAAAAAGUUUUAAGAGUUUAUGGAACAUGAAAGUGCAUCAGAAAAGACACACUACGGAGAAGCCUUCCACUGCUCCCCCUGUGGAAUGAAAUGUACAUGGUUUCAUCAACUGAAAGAGCAUGUAGGAAUCGUUAUCAGUGGUCCCAGUGUGGAAAGGGAUAUAGUACAACACAUGGGGUUAGAGACAUUUGUGAAAGAAAAUCUAUUGAAGAUAGUUUGGUUUAUUUAUUGUGUAUAAACAUUUUAUGAAAACUAUUUAUGCGGAAAAUCCUUUUACUCUCCUCCUAGAAUUGUAUUUAAAGGUUUGCAACUAAGAUGGCGUGAGUGAACAGGUGUAUGUAGUCUGCUGUCAGGUAGAUGCCGAAUUAAGGUCGUUUUCAACUGUUCUUUUCUAUUAUUUAUACCGUUACAUUUAAUCAUUUUGGUGCCUUUUACCUUUUACUAUCCACAUCAAUUGGAACCUGUCUGUGUAAACUGGAAAACGAAAUGUCCCUCAUCACUCAUCAACAAGGAACUGUGUGACAAACCUGUACAUUCUUUUUGUGAGCAGCCGACAAUAAAUAUGAUUUUGUUGAGGACAAUGUUGGGGUCAUUCUCUCUAUAAACCAGGAUAAGAGCGUCUGCUAAAUGACGUAAAUGUAAAUGACACAUGGCAGACUGGGUACACAUGGACUUAAUGUUCAUGAAGUUCAAGAACACACACAGUGCUCCCAUUGGCUGAUAUUUCGACUGAGAAUGUGUUCUUUUUUUAUGCCACGUUAAAUCAAAUUGUAGAAAAUCAAAGUGACUCAAAAACAUUCGCAUGUUUUGUACUUUUUUGUACAUUAAUUGAACAUGGAGUGAGUAAAAGUUUGAAUAUAGAGUAUCAGUUGAAUGAAAAGUAUGUCAGUUUCAAUCUAUCUGUUUAUCUGCUCUGUAAUUAAUUAAAUGAUCAUCAUCGUGCGACGCAGACCAGGUGGAGAGCGCGCUGAAACAGUGAAGAAAUUCUGUUCUGCUGAGUUUUGAUGCAGUCUUUUCCCCCGUCAAAGUUAAUACCCGGUGAGAGAUUUUGUCCCGAACCCAUUACGGUGUUUCAGGUGCCAAGUUUAUGGUCAUGUUGCAGCAGUGUGUAGGAGGGAGAUUCCUAGAUGUGAGAAGUGUGCAGGAGGGCAUGGGACACAGGAUUGUGUAGUAGCGUGUGUGUAAACUGUAGGGGUACCCCAUGGUCCUGGAGAUCAGAGGUGUCCGGUGAGAGAAAGGCAGGUUGUGGUUUCCAGGAUCAGAGUAGUACAGAAGGUGUCCUAUGCUGAGGCAGUGGAGAGAGUAGUAGAGGAAGGUGAGUACAGGGUGAGAGAUCCUAAGAGGAUCCCUGUGAGUCGGCCCGAGGCCAUUAGAGAGUGAUGGGAAUAACAUGGACUUCAGUGGUUGGAAUUCUUAGCGUUCGUUGCCAUGGUUAUCAACUAACCGCAGAAAUGGAACGUAAAUCACAGAGAAUAGCUGUGGUGGUGGCAGCUGCGGAGAAGCACUUGGGUGUAUGAGAUUUUACUGCACAAGCUGUGUUGAGCGAUAGUGUCACUGUACCGUCACGGGUUGCGAUCCACCAAUAGAAAAAUAAGACCUUUCCAUUAUGCAGCGCCUCAGACUUGUUUACGUGAGACAACACUCGCCAAUGUUACGUUGACAGAAAAACUUGGUUCCUAAGCCCUUUAUGGAGUGGCCACUUGCUGAUGUGUUGGAUAGUGAUCACUCCAGUCUGCCUGUUUUGGGCAAAAUUAGAAUUGAGUCGAUCAGAAUGCACAUGUAUACCAACUGCAACUUGUCAAUAUUCCAAAACCUCUUGUGUCCCCCACGACCUGUUUUGCAACAUGAUUGUCUAUGAAACACUGCCAGACAGACUCCCACUCUGUUAAUAGAUAUAGUGAGAAAGUUGUAAAAACUAAAUGGCACCGAAGCCAGUGACUUGAUAAGCUGAUUGUUGCAUGGCUGCUCAAUGUGUCUACCUACUUUCUAACUUAAUUGACAAACAAAAUUGGAACUUAGCCAACUAGUUUGACAGCUUGCAGAUGAUGUUGAAGUUGUAGACAUGUUCUUGUUUUCAGAAAUCAGUCCUGAGCACGCAGCCAGACAUACCUGACUCGAUAGACGGUAUGCACUUACUAGUCUUUCAUGCAUUUUUUGUUGUUGUUUUUUAAAUACUGCAUUACAGACAUUAACUAGAUGUAAAAUUGCGCAACUAAGAUCUCCUCGGCAAAAACGUCUAAAUUAAUUACAUAUUUCUUGAUUUAUCUUAGAUUAAUGCCGACUAUUUUGGAAGUGCAAUUGUCAUUUUAAAGGGUUACAUCUAAGAUGGCGUGAUUGAACGUUGAUUUGAACAGGUGUAUGUAGCCUGCUAGAUAGAUGCCGAGUUAAUAUAGUUUUCAACGGUUCUUUUACCGUUCUUUAUUCCAAAACCUCUUGUGUCCCCCACGACCUGUUUUGCAACAUGAUUGUCUAUGAAACACUGCCAGACAGACUCUCACUCUGUUAAUAGAUAUAGUGAGAAAGUUGUAAAAACUAAAUGGCACCGAAGCCAGUGACCUGAUAAGCUGAUUGUUGUAUGGCUGAGUAUUCUUUUACCGUUCUUUAUACCGUUACAUUUCAGCCAUUUUAGCUUGAUCGUUGUUGUACCUUUUACCCUCCAUAUCAACUGGAACCAGUCUAGCCAUUCUGGAAACCAUGAUUUACUUCACCACUCAUCAACAAGGAACUGUGACACAAACCUGGACGUUCUUUAAAAGAAGUGAUCAUUUUACAAUGUUGGAACUUUGUUUGAAGCCACAUCACAUGGACAUGGAGAACACACACAGUGCUCCCAUUGGCUGAUAUCUUUGACUGAGAAUGUUUUUUGUUGUUGUGCCACAUUAAAUACAACUGUACAAA